AUGGUAGAAAAUUUCAUUGGUGCCACUUUGCAAGUUGAGCUUACAAACGGUUCCUCUUUAGAAGGAAUAGUUUCACAUAUUGACUCUCAUACUCAACUUUUAACUUUAAAAGAUGUAACAUUCAAUUCUAAUGAUGGAAACACCGAAAAAAAGGCAUUUCAUGGAGUACCUGGAACAGACAUUAAAGAUUUAAAAAUAAUUAAAGCUUCAUAUAAUCUAAAUAAUAAUAUCAUUACUGAACCAAUAAAUAGUAAUACUACUACUAGCAAUAAAGCUGCUUCUUCUUCAUCUUCCUCAAGUAUAUAUUCUUCUACCACAACUGUUCCUACUUCACAACAAAAUGUGCUACUAUCGAAAUCUCCAUUUUCAGAUCCUGCAAUUAUUUCGUAUUCUUCUCAGGCACCAAACAUAGUCUCACCAAAUAAUCCAUUGAUUGUUAAUUUAUCGAGAACGACAUCGCCAUUAUUUCAACAAGAAAAUAAUUUUUAUAUUGAAUCCCAAACCCUAAAGAAAUCUUCAACUACUACUCAGACAACAGGUUCCAUCGCAGACACUGAUUCAAAAGGUGACGAGGAGGAGGAAAUAAAUGAGGAAGAACAUAAUUACGGACAUAAUUCAUCAUCAUCAAGAAAUAAUAAACCAAAUGGAUUUCAUAGAGGCGAUUCGAGCGCACUCGAAUCAGAUAAUGGAAUGUACAAUCACAAAAGACCUUCAAGGAGGCGAAGGAAUGGAAAUAGUAAUUAUUAUUAUAAUUAUUCUGAAAAUUAUUCAACAAGAAGACCCAGAAAAGGACGUAAUCAAACACAUGAAUGGGCAGGCGGUGAUGUAAAUGAAUUUAAAUCGGAGGAAUUUGACUUUCAGGGCAACUUGGAUUUAUUUGAUAAAGAAAAGGUUUUUGCAGAAAUUAGACUUGCAUCAAAUGAAAAUGUUCUUGAAUCUUCAUCUCGUAAACUAAAAUUUUAUCAUACUGAAGGAGAGGAGGAAGAGGAUGAGACAGCUAAUGAUGCGGAAGUUGAUUCCGAUGAUGUAAAGAUAAGAACUUUAACUGGAGUAUUUUGUCCAACCGUUCAACCUACACAGAUGGCAGAAGUUGAAAGACUUGCUGCUAUAGAAACUGGUCCUAAUGAAGAUCAGAUGAUUGAAAAUGCGGGAAGAGGUGCUUCGAUGAUGUGUCUUCAGGCACUUGGUGGAUCUAGACGUAUUCGACCAAAUAACCAUAAUGCAGCUCCACUUGUUGUAUUACUUGUCGGUAAUAAUAAAACUGGUGCAUAUGGCCUUGCUACCGCCAGACAUCUUGCAAAUCACGGAUGCCAUGUUAUUGCAUGUGUUGUUAGUAAAGAGAAAGAUUUGCUUAAGAGUGUUGCGCUUCAACAAAAAUUUUUACUUCCAACUGGUGGCAAAGUUGUUAAGACUGUAGAAGGUUAUCAACUUUCUUUGCAUGAUAUUUCGAACGAAUAUGAUAAAAGUUUAAUAUGUGAUUUGAUGGAAUGGGCUAAUAUCAAUAAAGCUCCUGUUUUAAGUUUGGAUAUGCCAAGUGGUGUUAAUGGAAACACAGGGUAUCCUGUUAACUCAGCUCACCAUGUUCGACCCAAAUGGACAUUAUGUUUAGGUGCCCCUAAAAAUGGAUGUAGAAAUCGAUCAAUAACUGGAGAAUUAUUCUUAGCUGAUAUUGGAAUUCCACGUGUUUGUUGGAAAAAAAUUGGAGUAAAAGGAUGGGGAAUGCCUUGGGGUAGCGAAUAUUUAAUUGGGUUGGAAUAUGAAUAG